ACUUCAAGCUGCUCUCCUCUUCUAAACUGCGCCAUUCACUCUCGCUCUCUCAACAUGGCGAGUACCGUUGCGAACAAGUGUCUGAGUCCUCUGGGUUUUCUCAGCAGGAGGCUCUCUGCUCCGGAGUUCAUCACUCAGUGUUGCUACCACAAGAAGGUGGUGGAUCAUUAUGAAAACCCAAGAAAUGUGGGCUCAUUGGACAAACAUUCCAGAAAUGUAGGGACCGGUUUGGUGGGUGCUCCAGCCUGUGGAGACGUGAUGAAGCUCCAGAUUGAGGUCGACGACCUGGGCAAGAUUGUGAAUGCUCGGUUCAAAACUUUUGGCUGUGGUUCUGCUAUCGCCUCAAGCUCUUUGGUCACCGAAUGGGUGAAGGGCAAAUCUGUGGACGAAGCCUUGACAAUAAGGAACACUGACAUUGCCAAAGAGCUCAGUCUUCCACCUGUCAAACUUCACUGCUCCAUGCUUGCAGAGGAUGCAAUUAAGGCUGCCCUGGCUGACUAUCGCCUCAAGCAACAGGAUGACCAGCAGGAGGCAGUCAGGGCCAGCAUGUAAGCAAAGCAAUGACGCACUAAGCUGGGCGACACUGCUUUCUUCCUGCUGCCGAGAAGAGAAGUAUCAGUAGUGCAGUGUCACAACCUUGAUUUCCUGCUGUGUUCAAGAGUCAACCUUAGUAUAUGACUCCACCACCCUGUGCAGCAGUGUUGCACCAGGCUUCCUGUGUUAGUCUGUGAUGAUCUAACCCUAACUGUCACUGUCAGCCUGUCACGUGAACGCACAACACAAAGACUGAUUGGUACAAAGAUCAGUCUUGUUUCUUGAGAUUCUGUUUUAUUUAGAGAUUUGAUGCUUGAGGAGGAGUGUUGGAUGGUGUGAUGAAGUCACUGCUUAAGAAUAACAGCAUUCCCACCAUUACCUCCCACUAUAUCUGCACCCCUUGCACUGACGUUUUGAUAUACAACUAAGCGAAGUGGCUUGAAACAAUGAAAGGGUCCAUGUGUAAUCAUUUAGUAAUGCUCCUUUGACAGUCUGCAAUAAAUCAUCCUUAAAUAUA